AUGGUUAUUGCCAAGAAAGUUGAGUACCAGUUGCAAUUCUUUAAUGGCAGGAAGCAAGAGUUUCAUGUUAUAGAAACAUCACUAGCAUUCAGCAAGGCAUCAGUUUAUGUUCACUCUAGCCAUAUUGAUGUCAAUUUGGGGAAGCAGGUUAAAAGGUUCUUUAGGGCUGCUUCCAAAGCAACAUGUGUUGCUGCCUAUGAAUAUAUCCGGUUCAUAAGGUUUCUAAAAGGACAAGUUGUGGACAAGUCUGGAAUUAGUCUAAUGUGA